AUGUUCAGCUUGUUUUCUUCAACGCGUUCAAUCGUCGAUAUAACCGUUCAAGAAUUACUUCCAUUACGCAUUCGCGCCAAAGUUCAACUUGAACAUGUCGGUUCCGAUCGAAGAGAUUACUUUUAUGUUGAUGGACAUGUUUGUCAAAACGGUUUCGAUCAACAUGCAGCCAAUGCAGUUUGUCGUUCAUUAGGAAAAGGAUCCAAUGCAGUAUAUUUGUUGAAUCGUCCUAUUGGUGAUCAACCAUUUAGUGAAUGUCUCUUUCAAUAUGGCAUGGAUAAAAUCGUUGUUCCCUGCACAUUUUUAAUGGAACAAUUCAAAUGCACUUCAAGUAGUACGACUCUUGGAGGUUGUUCACAUUCAAAACUGUUUGAACAAAGUUGUGCUGGUGACAUGUACGUUGGAGUUGUUUGUUAA